UAGUAAACAUACAUAGAUAAUCGAUAUACAUUCGACAAUAUGGAGAAAAAUAUAGAUGAAAUAUGUAAUGCCAUUGAUAAACUUUUUUUACGUAAAUUGGAAUUAAUCGAGGAAAAAGUUUCUACUAAUGUUCAAAUGGAAUUACUACUUCGUUCUGGACAUAUAGAAUUAGCUAAGGCAAGAUAUAUCAGUGGUAAAGAAAACAUUAGUAUUCUACAAAUUCCUGUUCAUAUGAAGAAUAUAUCAUCUCUAUUUGAACUUGAGUCUAAGUUUACAGAAAAAUCUGAUGAUAAAACACCUUCUUUCGACAUUAGUCUAAGAAAAGAAAAUGAAUUCAAAGAAGAUAUUCAAAAUCCUAUAAAAUGGUUUGGUGUGUUAGUUCCACGAAAUUUAAGAACUGCCCAAAAAUAUUUCCAAGAAUCAGUGUACCUUGCUACAAAAGUAGCAAAUAUACAUUGCGAAUUAGAUUCUAUUGCAAAUAAAUUAAAAGCUUUGUAUCUUUUGAAAAAUGCAUUUUCUAAACAAACAGAAUAAUGCUAUUGAAGAUAAGUGCAUACAUUGUUUAAUAUGAUUUAAUCAUUAUUUUAUCAAUAUAUACACAAUCUAUUUUAUAUUUAAACAAUAUUAAUAAUGUAACCUUAAAAAUAGUAAAAAUAUAAUUACUUAUUUAAUUUGAAUCACAAAAAAUAUGCAUUUCAAAUAUCACACUAAUUAAAAGUUAACAUCUAUUAGAUAUU